UGGGAGAACUGGUAUGUGUGAGAUGAGGGGCUGAAGUACCCAAGGCUGAAAGAUAUGGCUGGGCCUUGCAAGGUGUCAGGGAAACAUUUCCUCCCGGUGAGAUCUGCCAGGCAACGAAAGGGCCGCACAUGAGUCCUGGAGACCCUCCCAUAUCACCCAGGCUUGCAUUGAGGUGGCAGGGGGUUGUGGACCCUCCAGAGCCCUAGCUAGUCUAUAAAUCCUGUUGGCCAGCAGCAGUAGGUGAGGUAAAGAGGUAGCAAGGGCUAAGUACUAUGGCCUGACAGUGUUGUGCUCCCUCACCACAUCUGAGUCUUGCCCCUCCCCACAGUGAGAAGCUCUUCUUUGACAUGGCAGACCGCCUGGCAGAGGACGGCUGGAGGGAGCUGGGCUACAACUAUAUCAACAUUGACGACUGCUGGUCAGCAAAGCAGAGGGAUGCAGCAGGACAGCUGGUUCCUGAUCCCAAGAGGUUUCCUCGAGGGAUUAAGGCCUUGGCUGACUAUGUCCAUUCCCGGGGCCUGAAGCUGGGCAUUUAUGGAGACCUGGGCACCCUCACCUGUGGGGGCUACCCAGGCACCACAGUGGACCGCGUGGAGCAGGACGCCCAGACCUUUGCGCAGUGGGGUGUGGACAUGCUGAAGCUGGAUGGGUGCUACUCAUCGGGGGAAGAACAGGCGGAGGGCUACCCGAAGAUGGCGAAGGCCUUGAACGCGACAGGCCGUCCCAUAGUCUACUCCUGCAGCUGGCCGGCAUAUCAGGGUGGGCUCCCCCCGAAGGUGAACUACACCCUCCUGGCAGAGAUCUGCAACCUCUGGCGUAACUAUGGUGACAUUCAGGACUCCUGGGACAGUGUGCUUUCCAUCGUGGACUGGUUCUCCGCACACCAGGAUGUGCUGCAGCCAGCUGCUGGCCCUGGCCACUGGAAUGACCCAGACAUGCUCAUCAUUGGAAACUUUGGCCUUAGCUACGAGCAGUCACGCUCCCAAAUGGCCUUGUGGACAGUGAUGGCAGCUCCACUCCUCAUGUCCACUGACCUUCGCACCAUCUCCUCAAGCGCCAAGGAGAUCCUGCAGAACCGGCUGAUGAUCCAGAUCAACCAGGAUCCCCUGGGAAUCCAGGGACGUAGGAUUGUCAAGGAGAAAUUCCACAUCGAGGUGUUCCUGCGCCCACUAUUGCACUCUGCCAGCGCUCUCGUCUUCUUCAGCCGGAGGACAGACAUGCCAUUCCGCUACACCACCAGCCUGGCCAAGCUCGACUUCCCAGACAGCACCACGUAUGAGGUCCAAGACGUGUACAGUGGGAAGAUCAUCAGCGGCUUAAAGACAGGAGACAACUUCACAGUCGUGAUUAACCCCUCAGGAGUGGUGAUGUGGUAUCUCUACCCCAUGGCGCAGCCCUGGCGCUUAGUCAGACAGCAAGGCCCCAGGGGAGAUAUAAGCCCCGUCGUCCUGUGACAACGCACCCUGACGGUGCUCAGCACCAGGGCGUGGGGCAGGGCCAGGGUCAUCUACGAGGCCCUGGAACACCUUCCUCUGCACUGCACAAGUGCCUCUCACUGACAUUAUUGACAGUGCAGGGGGAUUACAUUUACGCUGUUCCUCUGGUACAAACUUGAUGAUUUCUACCUAAUCUGUGUAAAGGGGGACUUCUUGUUACCUGCUUCCUAACGGUGGUGGACAGCUUGAUUCCUUGAUCAUUGCAAAGCGCUCCUGUGGAAAAAAAGCCAUAAAAACAGGGUCCAGCCACUGUUUGAGCUUACCAAUUCUGAUACCUGAGCACUUCAUCACUGCAAGGUGGGUACCACUUACCACGGCAGGAGCUGUUUUAACCAGACCUGCAGAAAAGCUUUAGAUGCUUUAGUAUCUUGUCAGG